CAAGCUGGUGUAGUGAGAGCGCUGGGGGCAGCCGGGCAGUGGGAAUGUGUCAGUGCGGGUAGGAGGCUGCUGGCUGGCAGGGAGAGGGCUGGGCGCCGCUGAGCAGGGACCCGGGCAUGCAUGAAAGAUGGAUCCAGAAGAACAGGAGCUGCUGGGAGACUACAGAUACAGAAAUUACUCCUCUGUCAUUGAGAAAGCCCUGCGGAACUUUGAGUCUUCAAGCGAAUGGGCAGAUCUGAUAUCAUCACUUGGGAAACUCAACAAGGCUUUGCAGAGCAAUAUAAAGUACAGCCUGCUCCCCAGGCGCCUUAUCGUUAGCAAGCGAUUAGCACAAUGCCUGCACCCAGCCCUGCCCAGUGGGGUGCACUUAAAGGCCCUGGAGACCUACGAAAUCAUAUUCAAAAUUAUUGGAACCAAAUGUCUGGCCAAGGACCUCUUCCUCUACAGCUCUGGCCUAUUUCCACUGCUGUCCCACGCAGCCAUGUCGGUGAGACCUAUUCUCCUGGGUUUGUAUGAAACCUACUUUAUCCCACUGCAGAGGGCACUGCUCCCCAGUCUCCAGGCUUUCAUCACUGGAUUGCUGCCCGGGUUGGAGGAGGGAUCUGAGAUUUAUGAGAGGACAGACCAGCUGCUCCAGCGUCUCGCCGUUGUAGUGGGACAAGACGUCUUCUAUGGCUCACUCUGGGGAAGUGUCCUGGUCAGCAGCUCCAUCCGGCUUCCCGCUUCUCUCUUUGUUGUUAGUCACAUUAAUAAAGAUUUAUCUGCCCAGUCACAAAGCUACAUGCUUGGGAAGGAUCAGGAGCUAGCCAUAAAAUCUCUGUGCGCCUCAGUCGUGGAUUCCAAUGUCCUGGUGCAGCGAAAUACACUGGAAAUUCUUCUAUUCUUCUUUCCAUUUAACACGUGCCUGGUCCCCAGUGAAUGCGCCAUGCUGCUGCAGCGAUCAGAUAUGGUGCGAAUACUCACUGGAUCUAUCCAGGCUGUGCUAAGAAGGGACAUGUCACUGAACAGGAGGCUGUUUGCCUGGCUGCUGGGUUCUGAUAUCAAGGGAAGGUGUGUGGAUCCAGAAUUAAAAGACUCCCUGGGGGAUGAAGAGUACUGCAACCAUUUCUUUGCAAAAUACUCCAAAGAUCUUUUGAUUGAGGCUUUAAUGCAGAUACUGCACCAGAACACUUUGGACUCAGACACAGAGCAGGGGCUGCUGGUUUAUCUGAAACCUUUCCGUAUCCUUGUUAGCCUUCUGGACAAACCUGAGCUAGGCCCCCCAUUGGUGGGAGAACUCUUCCUGGAAGUGAUGCGAGCCUUCAUUGCUUACUGCAAAGAUGCGCUGGGGACACAGAUGCAACUCAGCUACAGCCAAAAUGGUGCUCAGCUCAUAAGUGCCAUUAAGGAAAACAAGAAUGCCUCUGAAAUUGUUAAAACAGUCAACCUACUGAUCUCAUCUUUAAGCUCAGACUUUCUGUGGGAUUACAUGACCAUCUGCUUUGAGGACAGCUUCAGGAGAAAAGACCAUGAUACCCCUGCUGGUAACUAUCUGGGCCGAGCUCCCAGUAUUACAGAAGUUUGCAGUUUGCUGGUAUUUCUACUGGACGUGAUUCCCCUGGAGCUCUAUUCAGAAGUACAGACACAGUACCUACCUCAGAUGCUGAGUUUCAUGGCUCAGUCCCUGUCUGACAACAUGGAUUCUCUGAGCCUUCCGGAACUGACCGUAGCCCUAAAGACGUGCUUUAAAGUUCUCAGCAAAGUGCAGAUGCCGCCAGCAUUUCUGGACAUGGAAACACCCAAUUCAGACAUGGAUCCAAUGAAAGAAUCAGAGAGGUUGAAUCCAACUACAGAAGUCGAGGGGGAGAUUCCAGAAGACGAGCCUGUCUUCCACCCACUCAAGUCAGAGGACAGCGGCAUUGGCUUGAGUGCCUCAUCCCCGGAACUGUCUCAGCACCUACGGAUGCCCAGGGUGUGCCCAGACAAAGGAGAUGUGUGGAAGAAGGGAGGGAGCAUUCAGAUGACCCUGCACUGUUUCCAGGAGGUGGUGGCCAACUUUGCAAGCAAACAUCUCUUUAGGAUCCAGCUUGAAGGUGAAGGGCAAAACCCCCCUGAGAAUGGAGUGAUGACUGAUAAUGAAACAAACACAAAAAAGAGGGGAUCGUGGGAAACAAAGCCGAUCACCGGGCCCCAGUUCAAACAGAUGCUGACGGACUUUUUCACUCCCCGAGCCCCAGGGUUGAAGCAGAAAAGUGAGCAAAGCCCCAAUAAAGCAACAAAUAAAGGGACGGAUGAGGAGUGGGAUAUUGAGCGCUUCCUACGGAACAUGGGGGAGAUGAACGAGGACUGUAGGGAGGCCUUCGCUGCUGCCUGUCAUGUGCUUCUGGACUGUGCCACCUUCCCUGUAUACAUGUCAGAAGAGGAGACAGAACAUUUAUAUUCUGUUCUGUCACAAGUGCCUGGUUCGGGUGAUGCUAACUUUCCCCUGUGGUUCAAGUCUCUCAUGACAGUGUGCUGCUGUGUAAAGGACUGCUAUAUCCAAAAUGUGGCCAUUUCUACCCUGCUCGAAGUCAUCAACCACUCCCAGUCCCUCUCUCUGGUUCUGGAGGAUCGAAUGAAAAGGAGUAAGACGCCAGGGUACGGCGAGGUUUUUGGGAAACUCCAGAUGGUCACAAUUCCGCCUGUUUCACCUGGAGUUUUGAAACUUAUUGCUGAUAAGACUGAUUUCUAUCAGAGGGUGGCGCAUGUACUGUGGAAUCAGCUCAACAUAGAAACCAGGGAGCAUCACAUCACAUGUGUGGAACUGUUCUACAGACUUCACUGUUUGGCUCCAUCUGCCAGUAUCUGUGAGGAGAUCAUCUGCCAGACUCUGCUGCACAAUAACAAACUGACCAGACUGGAAGCGCUGUUCCGGUUUUCUGUGAUUUGGCACCUAACUCGGGAGAUUCAGGGGAGCAGAGUCACAUCCCAUAACCGCUCAUUUGACAGGUCCUUAUUUGUGGUCCUUGAUAGCUUAAAUUGCUCUGACGGUGCUAUUGGAGCUGCUGCUCAGGGGUGGCUGGUACGGGCCUUGUCCCUGAACGAUGUUGCACGGAUUCUGGAAGCUGUUUUCUUGCUCCUGCUCCACCCAAAGACUCAACGGAACUCUAUCCACUGCAUCAAGCAGAAGAACUCUUCAGAGUUCAGCUACUGGUGUCGGAAGAAAAGAACCUCAUUGAAAGACUCAGCGGGAUUUCGUGACUCUCCUUUGAGCAGUUCAGAGGAAAAUUUACCCCAGUUUAACACCGUGGACAGAGAUGCCCUUUGGGCUGAAGUUGAGAAGGAUCCCGAGAAAAUGAAAAAUGAGUGGGCUGAGAACCAUACAUCAGAUUUUAGGGAUGCUCCUUAUUGUGUAGAGCAGGAGCAGGAUGACAGUGAGCAUACAGAAUCAGCAGAUACCAGCACUGGGCAUAAUGACAGUGAGAACACUUCAUCCUUCUCUCCCAGCUCCUUGGACCUCAGCAGUGAUCAGAACUGUAGGGAGAACACAGCAGGGCAAGCUACCCUCAAGCACACAGGCCAACAAAUAAUGGAAAUGCCCAGACAAAAUACGUUAUUAACUCUUGUUCGCACAGAAUCAGAUGUAACACAGACCUCCGAAUCCCUCUCUAGUGAUGAUGAAGCUGAUCUGGAGCUUCAAGCAAUCAAAAGCUCUCAGCUUCUAAAGCAACAAAAGGAGAAGGAGGAGAUGAUUGAAGCUCUGUUCAAACACAUCCUCUUGUACCUACAACCGUAUGAUUCCAAGAGGGUCUUGUAUGCUUUUACUGUGCUGGAAGCCAUUCUAAAAACCAAUCCCAAAGAGUUUAUUGAAUCUGUAGCUACCACCAGUAUGGACACCAGUUCAACUGCACAUCUCAACCUGAUCUACAACCUUCUUGCCAGGCACCAGGAGGCCUUAGUUGGACAGAGCUUCUACGGCAAACUUCAGACUCAGUCCCCAUUGAUGUGCCCUCAUUCUUUGUUGAUAGAACUUUUGACUUACCUCUGCUUGAGUUUCUUACGUUCCUAUUAUCCUUGUUAUUUGAAGGUCAGCCACAGGGAUGUGCUUGGAAACAGGGAUGUUCAAGUGAAAAGUGUUGAAGUUUUGAUCAGAAUAAUGUCUCAGCUGGUCAACGUUGCCAAGUCCUCAGAGGGAAAGAAAGUUGAGUUCAUACACUGUUUGCUGGAAAGAUGCAAAGUGCAAGAGUUUGUGCUCUUGUCUUUGUCUGCUUCUAUGUACACGAGCCAGAAGACGUAUGAGCUGGUGUCAGCUGGUGGGAACAAAUACACGGACGAAGGCUUUUUUGAGGAGGGAAUCAUUAAUUUUGGUCAAGACCAGAUAUGGAGUGAGCACCCUCUUCAGAUUGAGCUUCUGAAGCUUCUGCAGGUGCUGAUUGUGUUAGAGCAUCAUCUGAGGCAGUUGCAGGAAGACCAGGAUACACAAGGAGACCUCUCUAAGGAAUGGCAACGGGGCAUCAACUUCCAGCAGUCCAUUAAUGCCAUGCAGUACGUGCAGGCCCAUAGCAUAACAUCCCAGGGUUUGUUUGUCUCGGCUGUUGUGAAAGCUCUGCGCCCAGAAUAUGGCUAUGGAAUGCACCCCCAGUGGGUCGCUUUGGUCACCUCUUCUUUGCCGUUUUUUGGGAAAUCGCUGGGAUUAACAGUUGCUCCAUUUGUCGUGCAGAUCUGCAAAAACCUGGAUGAACUUGUAAAGCAGUAUGAAAAUGAGUCUUUUAAAAUCAGCACAACAUCUAAAAGAGAAAAUGUUUCUCCUGAUUAUCCACUCACGCUCCUGGAAGGCCUCACCAUGAUUGGCCAUUUUUGUCUUUUGGACCAUCCCACACAAUCGAAAAAGUCUUCUUCGGCAGAUCCUGCUAAUCUGAAGAAUGCCCGCAAUGCUCUCCUGGAAGAGCUCCCCCGCAUCAUUAACACCAUGUCUCUUCUCUGGAGCGUCAUCAGCAAACAGGAACGGGAGAAGAGACCUUCGGAUCUCCUGGGUACCAUCAAAGCAUCCUCUUCAGUGUAUUUCAAAUCGACCAAAACACUGAAACAGAAAAUCCUGGAUUUCCUGAACCCACUGACAUCUCCGCUGGGGGUGCAGCUUAUUGCGGCUGUUGCUGCGGUGUGGAAGAGAAAAAGGUUCAACAAAAGCCUCAGUAAGGCCAAGAUAAUUCCAGUGCCCAGUGAGUCUCAGCUCACACUUGUUGACCUUGUGUGUGCACUGAAGACCUUGAAGACAGACACCAUUUUGCAUCUGGUGAAAGAGGUUGUCAAGAAGCCACCGCAGAUAAAAGGGGACGAGAAGUCGUCUUUAGUUGAUAUUCCGAUGUUGCAGUUCAGCUAUACUUUUAUACAAAGGCUUUCAGGGUCCGAGUUGCAGGAAAAUUCCCAGUCCUUGCUGGCAUUACUAAAAGAGUCUGUUCCUCUGAACUUGGCUCCACCUGGAUUUUUCCUGUUGUUAAGUAUGCUCAAUGAUUUUGUAAUCAGAACACCUAAUCUAGAAAAUAAGAAGGACCAGAAGGAACUGCAGGAAGUUACGCAGAAGAUCCUGGAGGCCGUGGGGAAUGUUGCUGGCUCUUCCCUAGAACAGACCAGUUGGCUAAGCAGGAAUCUGGAGGUGAAGGCUCAGCCCCAAGUUUCAAUGGAUGAGGCAGAGGAAGAAGAUUUAUAUGAAGAUUCUGUGGUAGCUCAGUCCUCUAUGGUGUCGGCUUCUGCUCCCUCCGUGUAUAGUGUCCAGGCUCUGUCCCUGCUCGCAGAGGUUCUGGCGAAUCUUUUAGACAUGGUGUACAGAAGCGACGAGAAGGAGAAAGCUGUACCCCUAAUAUCCCGCCUUCUGUACUACGUGUUUCCCUACCUACGUAAUCACAGUGCGUACAACAUUCCCAGUUUCCGUGCUGGUGCUCAGCUCCUGAGCAGUCUCAGUGGAUACGCCUACACCAAGCGGGCCUGGAAGAAGGAAGUGCUGGACUUGUACAUGGAUCCAGGCUUCUUCCAGAUGGACACCUCCUGCGUUCAUUGGAAGGCAAUCAUUGAUCACUUCUUGACUCAUGAGAAAACAAUGUUUAAGGAUUUAAUGGGCAUGCCCAGUAGCUCCCUGAAGCUGUACUCUAGCAGCGAGCAGAAAGCUAUGCUAUUGAAACGCCAGGGCUUUGCUGUGUUCAGUGGGGAAGUGGAUCAGUACCAUCUGUACCUGCCUCUAAUACAAGAGCGCCUAACAGAAAAUAUCCGCAUGGGACAGACUCCCAUCAUGGCUGCACAGAUGUACCUAUUUUUCCGGGUUCUGUUGCUCAGGAUAUCCCCUCAGCAUCUCACCUCUCUGUGGCCAAUUAUGGUGACUGAGCUGAUCCACACGUUUGUCCAACUUCAAGAGGAUUUAAUGGAAGAGAUUCCAACAAAAUCCAGCAAGGCAAACAAACACAAGGCUGCAACAGCGGAAGUCAAUGGGACGGUGUACUGUGAAAUCCAGCAGAACGCACUGGACCUGUACCUCUCUGCCUGCAAAUUUUUGGACACAGCUCUUUCAAUCCCACCAGAUAAGAUGCCUUUGUUUCAACUAUACAGAUGGGCAUUUGUACCUGAAGUAGCCACAGAAUCUUGCAGUGUGCCUUCAGAAAAAGUGGAAAAUUACCAAGAAUGCAAACCUCAUGUACUCCGAAUACUGGAACUACUGAAAUUCAGGUUUGGGGAGAAGGCCACUGACGAUCCUAAAUGGAAGCGGACGGAAUUCCCUCUUCUGAAUCUCCAUUCCAUAUCGUCCAUCACACAGCUGACCCCGUUCUUUAAAACUCUCAGCUAUGCAUUCAAGGCAAAGGGGGAAAUAUCUGGAGAGGCUCAAAGUUCAGACCCCGCCAUUGAAUACCCUGUUGAAGACUUCAAGAGGGCUUUAAAGGAGCUAGAAGAGAAUGUUGAGUCUGACUUCUUGGAGAAACUAGCAAGUUGACUUUAAACCAAGGGAAAUGCUAUUGUUCCAUUACCCUUGUACAGCAGCUUGGGAUUGGUGCAGCACUACUCAUUGCUGUGAAUGGUACCAGUGCCAUUAGCUGUUAGAAUGUAACGACUGGACUUUAAUAUCUUGUAUCAGCCAAAGGGUGGAAAUGUCCUCUAGAUCUGACAUGGUUCAGGAGAUGUCAUUGAGAGAAAUUCCUUUCUGAACUGUCUUUCUGUCUUUCAAACGUGAAGGUAAACUACUGAAAUGUAAUAUAUAUGUAUAUAUUUAUAUUUUCCUAUCUAUGCAUUUACGAUUCCCUUCUGCAGCGACGUGUUCUGGAAUGCAGAACUACAACAUAGUACAAAAAAAUAAGGUCCAAAGAGAUUAUUAUGUUUAUUUAUUAUCUUUAAUGUACAGAUUGGGGGCUCUCCUUGGUCACAUGAUCAUUUGCUGCUUAUGUAUAAGCCACUGUCCUCAUUGGCUGCACUAUAUGAUAUAAAUAAUCCCACAGUUCAUAUGCAGUUAUUCCAGACGCAUAAACUAUAAACGCUUGGUACAAAAUGCAGAAGCCAAUUCCAUGUCCUAAGAAUGGAUUAUAAUACACUGCAACCAUGCAUCACCUCUACAGAUAUUCUUAUAAACGGAUCAUAGUGAUGUCAUAAGUGAUAAGUAGUGCUUAGUGAUGGCGAAAUCCUGGUGGAACUGGAACCCAAUAGUGCAUUUUUCGUUAUAUAUACACCUGCCUAUUGGAAAGCUGCAACCUCGCUUUAUGCAUAAAGGGAAGUUCAUCUCAGAAUUAUUUAGUAGACACUGAUAUUUAGAGACAAUUUACAAAUGGGUAAGCAAAGUUACUUGCAUUCUGCAUGUGUAUGUAGCUUCCAGUUUACAUUUACAGAAGUCAAACUACAAUGAAAGAAUCAAUACAGGAGGAUGAGGGGAAUCAAUACUUAUGCUAGCCACAGGAACCAUAGGUUUAAAGGGCACAUUUAGGACUAAAAUGUAUCGGUUUUACUAUUGCAUUGUGACCCUUUUUAAUUUCUGCGUUUUCUGUUUCUCAUUCUCAUAGUGGGGUUAUUUUAUGAACACUGCAUAUUUUUGUUAGUCCAGUCUUGUUAUUUUUCAUACAUAAAGGCUUUUUAGUCAUCUGUAUUCCUGGUGUUGGCAAAACUGUCAUUAAUGGAGGAAUCUUGAUAAGUCGGCAAAAUGGUUCUGUUGGCCAAUGGCACGUGCAGCACUUUAAUUGCUUCAGUCCCUGCAGAGCAACCAUAGUCUAUUCCCAUUAUCAGCAUUAUCUGCCCAUCCUGUUAUUGGAACUAUUGUUACUGCUAGGGGUGUAGGGCAUUUUGAGCUUUGUCGUGUAUUUGUACUAACAGUGCCCAAGAGUGUCUCACCAGGGGGCCCAAUUUAGUUAAUGAGUAGCCAAUUGUUGAUGAUGACUGUGGUAGCCACCUGGCCAGUAUUUUGCCGGCCCAGCCAGUAAGCGUUCUGCUUGAUGCCAGUUAAAGUAACAUAGACAAGCAGGCCGGUAGUUUAUCCCCAAAAGGUGGCAGCCCUAGAGCUGAAUGCCUACUUGCUUUCCUGCAAUCCCUGGGCAAUAUGUGAGUUAUUCUGGAUAUACAGCAGUCUGUCUCUGCAUUGCUCAGUAUUACUGCUCCUCUGUAACCUGAUAAUGAGCUACAGGAGUGGCCUGAACAUUCUGGAAACUUCUACCCACCGGCAUUUGUCAGGUACCAUAACUCGAUCCAAUAAAUACUGCAGUAUUAAUUUACCCCCAAAUAUACAUUUCCUAAAAUCACUCCAAACUAGUUAUCAAGUAAACUAACAGGGUGCACCUUUUAAUUGGCAUCUAUGUGACAUUUAGUACAUAUGUUUCUAGGUAACAACAUGGAAGCUAAAUGCCCUUGUUACUAACAGGCAGUGAGACUUGUGGGGUGAGAAUUGCAUGGAUUUUCACACUAAUCUCAAAGAGGCAGAUGAUCUAUGAUCUACUUACAGCCCUACAGAUUCAUUUGUUAGGUAGGAUCCUAAGGCUGAUGGCACACAAUGGGGGUCCUUAUCAACCCCGGGCAAAUUUGCCCAUGGGCAGUAACCUAUGGCAACCAAUCAAAUUGUUGCAUUCAUUGUUUUGCCUGCUGCUGGCUGAGGAAAGCCAAUUGCCGAUUGGUUGCUAUGGGUACUACCCAUGGGCAGAUAUGCCCAGUGUUGAUAAAUGAGCCUUACAGUCUCCCAGAGAAACCUUUAUGAAAUGCAAAGGCAGUACAUGUGGCAGUGCCCAAGGAGCGGCCUAACAGAGUAACUUUGAAUGUUCACUGGCUUCUUGUCCUCUACCUACUGUGCUCAUAAGCACAUUCUAAGCCAGGCCAUGGCCGACUGUUUGUGCUAUAGAGAGACCUGUUUCAAUAGCUAGUAAGUGGCAGUUUUUGGGGAGACUGUAGUCAUUUUGUCACCAUAUAAAGCAAAAAAAUGGAGAAAACUACUCAACAUUGUAGGUGCAUUCAUGUUUCAGAAACACCAUUUACCCCCUUAUGCCAUAGAAGCACAAUAAAAUGAUUUUUUUGAGGUGAGGCUUAUGUCUUAAACCAUAAAAUAUUUAAUUUAAUAAAAAAAUCACACUGGCCAUGCCAUGUUUUUCCAGUUAUCUUGCUAUUUUCCCCUGAAAAUUGCCCCCCUGCAUCAUUCUUGUGUUUUCCAUUAUUUCCUACUGGUACCUUGUUCCAUAUUUUACUGCAAUCUUUUUGCACCCAGUAAGGGCAGAUCAAAUUCUCUUUCUAUACUGUUCGCAUUGCAUUUGAUAAGUAGAAUAUCAGAUACUGCAGCAAUGUUCAAUUACAUUGGAAAGCAUCGGCCUGAAUCAUAAGUGAGGUUUAGAAAGAGAAGGUUCUGUGUGUCAUGUUCCAUUCCCACAUUCCUCUACUUGGAAUGUAACAUUAUAAUCCAUGGAAUAUGUCAGGGGAGUGUCUAAUAGUUCUUCCCAAACUGGAGGCUCCUCAGGGGCGGGCAAUUUAAGGGGCACUAAUCAAAUGUAUAGUGAAUGGAAAAGGUUCCAGAUUGUGACAGAAUUUGUUUAUCUCUGUAUGGAACCUUAUUUAGUUUCCAUUCAUCCAUCUGAGAGAAUAAUACAGUAUAUUCAUUGUUGGGUUAUACAGACAGAAAUAAUAAGGGUUCUAGAUCUUUGCUGUCCAAUAGCUGAGAGCUCUGGGAUUGCCCAUUGUUCGAACCACAACACCGGUUCCUUCCUUUACAUGUUUACCAAGUUGUUUUCAUUGUUGAUUUAUUUCAGGAGAUCCCUGUAUAUGAAGUACAGAUUCCGUACUCUCCAGUCUGUGGGAUGUGCUGUGUGUUUACUGUUCUGAAUGUGACUUUAUAAUGUUUUUAAUAUGAAUGUAAAUUAAUAACGUUCGUUAGUGCGCUAUAAUCACUCUCACAGCAAUCCGCAAACCACUUCAACCUCUCCGCCAACGAUGGAAUAAGUGAACGUUGUUACAAAUUGCAAACAUUCUAGAGACUGGGUUACAGGUUUACAGAAUAUUCCAGAUUUGUAUAGUAAUAAAUGUUAAUAAAAGAUGGAUAAAAGACUCA